AUGGGAUUGGCCAUGCUCUUUGGUUGGAAAGACGCUCGCAGCGGUCGAGACUUUCUGACGAGUCGAAACAAAGUUUUCCAGAUGGCAGAGAACGGUAGUCUCACUGGUCUUGGCACCAAGGAUACAACAUGGAACUACCAUGCUGGCGGCCGGCAACAGUCGAGGAAUAUGGGACAAGAGUGUUUCAAGUGUCUGCUCCCCGAACGGGAGCAUCCGGGUCGGCUGGAAGACUUUACUUCAGAGCGCCGCUCGACGCUGGCUGAACUUCUGCUGGUCACUGGCCGGUGCGGGAAGAUCCGCGGAGACGAUCUGGUGGACCGGAUGGUUCAGCUGGGCUGGGGACUGGAGCCAUAG